AGAAACAAAUAAACAAACAAGAUUGUAGACUCUAGUUAGAUACUUGAUUAGUCUUGAUAUAAAGAUAGUAGUUAGAUACAAGAUCUAAAUCUAAUAUAGAUUCUAUAUCAACAUUUAGACUCUAAGAUCACUAAAUCUAAUUAGAUCUAGAAUCUAUUCUGAGUAUUUCAAAGUAUUUGUUUUUAAGAUGAUCAGAGUCAGAGAGAGUAGUCUCACUAGUCUCAGUCUCACUACAUUAGACGUCACUAAUUGGCAAAAGAUCAAUGAAGUUUGAACUAAUUCCAACAAUAAGAGUAGACCAAUCAUCAGUGACUCCCAAUGAUAAAAAACAGACUGAGACUCUCCUGAUACUCCUGUAAUGAUAUAAAUUAAUAACCUCCGCUGCCUUGCGGCUGUACCCAAACGCGGGAAAGGCUUCGGGAGACAACCCUGAGGAGAAAUCAGGAGCUGGUGACCCUUAGCCAAUUUUUUGAAGAUCUAGAUCUAGAUUUUUGCAAUGCAAUGCACAUGCAAAAUCAAUCCUCUGCUUUAAAAAGACAACUCACAAAUCGACCAGUUUCAACACUUUCAAUUAUCACUAGCAAUGACGCUGUCCAAAAUGACUCACUGCAAACUGUAUCAAAAAUCUCAACUGAGAAAGAGAAAAAGUCUGUUCAUUUUGCAAGUGAUCACGAAGAAGUUUCCGACAGAUAUGCAUCUUCCAGCUACUCCCAGCAAUCAAGUACAGAGGAGCAGACACUGUUACAGUCCGAACAUCUGUACAGUGGAGACACCUUUGUGUCACUGUCUCUAAAUGAAGAAACAGCCACAGAAGCCACCAGCGGAGAUGCACCAACUACACUUCAGACGUACCCCAGCUAUGGCUCCAGCACUUUCAUUUCACUGGAUUCAAGUUAUGAGUCAAAAACUCAGAGUGAUUCAUCCUUCACAGACACCAACAGCUUUGCCUCUUCCAGCGUGUUCUCCUCUAGCACCAGCACCAGCCAGGAUAAUAGCUCACACAAUACUGGGAUAGGAAGGACAGAGAUAGUCAAAGACAUUGAAGACUUGGAAGAAAGUGAAUUCUUCAGCAAGACUGACCUCAAUUCUUUUGAUGAAACAACAGAUUCUGAAUUUGAUGAUUCUGACUUGGCGGAGAAAAACAGACAAAAGUUCAUAGAAACUACAAUUGCACAUUUAGGGCUGCAGAAACUGGGCAGUCCAAGAAGCCAUGAUAGUGAUAAUGAACUAGAGUCGGAGCUCAGAUCUACUCAGAAAAUUCCAUUAGGAACAGAAGCCAAAGCUCAUAGUUUAUUUUGCAAACAAAUGAUCAAACUGUGCAACAAAGUGGAGAAUACCCAGCCUAAAGUUUCAACAUUCCAAGAACGCUACCAACACAAACCUAGUGAAGCUGGUUGCCACAUACUAGAGCACUAUGGACUUAAUUCUGCUAUUGUUGACCGACUCAAACUUGCCAAUUUUCAGAAUCAACUGGUUAAGAAAAUGAAGGACCUAGAUAGAGAUAUUGAGAAAUCAAAGGCUUACAUUCAAGCUCAUCAGAAUGUUGAAGAGGAAAUAGAAAGAAAGAGAUUCCUCUCACAAGUAACAUCCCAUCUGAAGAGACAGAAUAUAGAAGAGAGAAUCACAGAGCACACUAUGAGAAUGCAACCUGCAUUAUGGUUUGCAGAUCUGGUUCAGGGCUUGCCACACUCCACCGCUGACACCAGACAGAUAUUAGACCUGUACAGAGAUCAAGUUCAAGGUAGAAACAAGAGCUUAGUGCUAGAUGAAAGUUAAUGUGCCUUUAUGGUCCAAUAUCAUUUUCAUAUAUGUAUUUAUUUCCAUUUGAAAAACUGUGAAAUGAAGCAAAAUAUUCUGUAAUGAAAUGAUUUAUAAGUUCAUACAUUUCUUUAAAAAUGAAGAUUAUUAUGUGCUUGUCCAAGCCACAUGUUCUCAGGGUUUCAACAAAUGUAAUGACAGUUUGAAGCAUUUACUAUUCAAUCUGACAGCCGUCCAAUGCAAUGUUAUAAUCAAAGUUUAUGUACAUAUUGCAAUUUUUAUAUUGUGUAAUUUAUUAAAAGUAUAGACAUUGCUGUCCCAAUAAAACAUGUAAAUCUU